GGGGUUGUCCAAGAUGCUGCCUUUAUACCUCUCAUAGUCCCGUCGCCUCUCGCUGAGCCCAGACCUACCGCAGCUGGAAAGGAAGGACACUGUUUUUCCAACCAUCGUGCUACGAAACGUAUUAGCCGUACACCCUGACUCCGGGAGCGGCGUUCAGGUAGUCUCCCGUCAGGCAGUGCGGGCGGUACCUCAGCGGAAGAGCGGGCCUCCAGGCCGCAGCGACCAACCCCCGCCCCCCCACCCCACGUGGUUGGAGGUUUCCAGAAGCGCUCUUACCGCUGAGCCGCGGAGCUCCUGGCCGUCCGAGAGCCUUUUUGCUGUCUCGUACUCCCACCACCUAGCCGCCAUGAUGAACGCCAGUCGAGCCGCGGCAGCGCGUCUUGUCGGCGCUGCAACCUCCCGGGGCCCCACGGUCGCUCGACAUCAGGAUGGCUGGAAUGGCCUUAGUCAUGAGGCUUUUAGAAUUGUUUCAAGGCGGGACUAUGCAUCAGAGGCAAUCAAGGGAGCAGUUGUUGGUAUUGAUUUGGGUACUACCAAUUCCUGUGUGGCAGUUAUGGAAGGUAAACAAGCAAAGGUGCUGGAGAAUGCUGAAGGUGCCAGAACCACUCCUUCAGUUGUAGCUUUUACAGCCGAUGGUGAGCGACUUAUUGGCAUGCCAGCCAAGCGACAGGCUGUCACCAACCCAAACAACACAUUCUAUGCCACCAAGCGUCUCAUUGGCCGGCGAUAUGAUGACCCUGAAGUACAGAAAGACAUUAAGAAUGUUCCCUUUAAAAUUGUGCGUGCCUCUAAUGGUGAUGCCUGGGUCGAAGCUCAUGGAAAACUCUAUUCUCCAAGUCAGAUUGGGGCAUUUGUGUUGAUGAAGAUGAAAGAGACUGCAGAAAAUUACUUGGGGCAUACAGCAAAAAAUGCUGUGAUUACAGUCCCAGCUUAUUUCAAUGACUCUCAGAGACAGGCCACAAAGGAUGCUGGCCAGAUAUCUGGACUAAAUGUGCUUCGAGUAAUUAACGAACCAACAGCUGCUGCUCUGGCUUAUGGUCUAGACAAAUCAGAAGACAAAAUCAUUGCUGUAUAUGAUUUAGGUGGUGGAACUUUUGAUAUUUCAAUCCUGGAAAUUCAGAAAGGAGUAUUUGAGGUGAAGUCCACCAAUGGAGACACUUUCUUAGGUGGUGAAGACUUUGACCAGGCCUUGUUACGACACAUUGUGAAGGAGUUCAAAAGGGAGACAGGGGUUGAUUUGACCAAAGACAACAUGGCACUUCAAAGAGUUCGGGAAGCUGCUGAAAAGGCUAAGUGUGAACUCUCCUCAUCUGUGCAGACAGACAUCAACUUGCCAUAUCUUACAAUGGAUGCUUCUGGACCCAAGCAUUUGAAUAUGAAGCUGACCCGGGCUCAGUUUGAGGGGAUUGUUACUGAUCUAAUAAGGAGGACCAUCGCCCCAUGCCAAAAAGCCAUGCAAGAUGCAGAAGUCAGCAAGAGUGACAUAGGAGAAGUGAUUCUUGUUGGUGGCAUGACUAGGAUGCCCAAGGUUCAGCAGACUGUGCAGGAUCUCUUUGGCCGUGCCCCAAGCAAAGCUGUCAAUCCUGAUGAGGCUGUGGCCAUUGGAGCUGCCAUUCAGGGGGGCGUAUUGGCCGGUGAUGUCACUGAUGUGCUGCUCCUGGAUGUCACUCCACUGUCUCUGGGUAUUGAGACUCUGGGAGGUGUCUUUACCAAACUUAUUAACAGGAACACCACUAUUCCAACCAAGAAAAGCCAGGUGUUUUCUACAGCUGCUGAUGGACAGACUCAAGUGGAGAUUAAAGUGUGUCAGGGUGAGAGAGAGAUGGCUGGAGACAACAAACUUCUUGGACAGUUUACUUUGAUUGGAAUUCCCCCAGCCCCUCGUGGAGUGCCUCAGAUUGAAGUUACAUUUGACAUUGAUGCCAAUGGGAUUGUACAUGUUUCUGCCAAAGAUAAGGGUACAGGACGUGAGCAGCAGAUUGUGAUCCAGUCUUCUGGUGGCUUAAGCAAAGAUGAUAUUGAAAAUAUGGUUAAAAAUGCAGAAAAGUAUGCUGAGGAAGACCGGCGAAAGAAGGAACGAGUUGAAGCAGUUAAUAUGGCUGAAGGAAUCAUUCAUGACACAGAAACCAAGAUGGAAGAAUUCAAGGACCAAUUGCCUGCUGAUGAGUGCAACAAGCUAAAAGAAGAGAUUUCCAAAAUGAGGGAGCUCUUGGCUCGAAAAGAUAGUGAAACAGGAGAAAACAUAAGGCAGGCAGCAUCUUCACUUCAGCAAGCAUCAUUGAAGCUCUUUGAAAUGGCAUACAAAAAGAUGGCAUCUGAGCGAGAAGGCUCUGGAAGUUCUGGCACUGGGGAACACAAGGAAGAUCAGAAGGAGGAGAAACAGUAAUAGCAGUAAACUUCGGAGCUGAAAGGACAACAUACUAUGACGCUUGGGAGUGAAGGGACUUCCUGAGCAGAAAUGGGCAAACUUCAGUUUUUUACUGUGUUUUUGCAGUAUUCUAUAUAUAAUUUCCUUAUUAUGUACAUUUAGUGACUGUUAGCUAUUGAUCAUUUAAUGAGUGAUAAUUCCAACCGUACAAAGUGCACAGUGUUCUAUCCCUAACCUGUCAUUAUUUUCCAGCUGCAUGUUAAGGGGGGAGAUGAUUUAUUGAUCAUUAUAAAGACUUAAUGUUGUUUUGUGCUGAAGUAGCCGUAUUUCCAAGGGGUGAAACCAUCUCGUAUACAACAAUGAAGGUAGUCAAUGAACGUAGUCAGCCAUAGACCUGAAAUGAGACCAUAGAGGGUUGAGAUCCUUCUAGUUAGCUGAGUACAGCUGUACCGGGCUGUGUGUACAUGGGAUUCUUCAACUGAGGCCUUGCAAGGCAAGCCAGCUGUGCCGUGUUGAGAGGUAGGGCAGGGGAAGCUAGAUGGAUGAAAAACUAAGUUAGCUAUUCAUGUUAGGUACAGCUAUUAAAACAAGGUAAUAAGGCUCCCAAACUUUCCUAAGGCAUACUUUUCUGUAUCCUUGAUGAUUGUUCAUUUUGAUCCAUUCUGGAUUUUUUAAAAAAAUAAUAAAUGUGAAAAUCAU